AUGGGCGGGGUCGACCAGAGUGGGGGCGGAGCCGGAGCUGGCGGUGCUGGCCGCGCUGCCCACCGCUCUCGGCCCCGACCGACCGGCGGUCGCCCUGCGCUCAACGGUCGCCGCAGCAUCCUCUCCUCGCCCCGCGAGCUGCGGGACCUCUUUGGGUGGCUCGCCGACAUCGCCGACACCCUCCGCGCGAUGGGCCUCUCGCCCCCCGACGCGGCCGCCCUCCUCUCCUGCCUCACCCGCUGCCUGCCCGGACAGCAGGCGGCGGGCAGCACGCAGCCCGCGCCGCCCGCAGAGCCGCCCGAGCCGCCGGCGCCUCCGAGCCGCUGGUCGGCCAUCGCGACGGUCCUCUCGUUGCAGAGCUCGGCCGAGAGCGCGCCCGCCGAGGCGGGGCAGGCCGAGGCGUGGCAGCGCUUCCUCGACGGCGCGACGCCGGUCAUCUUGCGGCUCCUGGUGGUGUAGGGAGGGUACACUCGGUGCGACAGUGUUUUACAGUGAUUGUUUGACCGACCAGCGAGACGCGAUCAGAUUAGCCGAGAUUGGCCGAGAUCAGCCGAGAUUGGCCGAGAUUAGCCGAGAUCGAGCACGAGGAGCGCGACAGCGAGGACCUGAGCACGAGCUGCGCGUCCCAUAUCUCCCCGUAUCUCCCGUAUCUCCCCGUAUCUCCCUCUCCCUCUCUCUCCAUCUCCUCUAUCAGGCGAUUAAAUAUUAAUUAUCGAGAUCGCACGAGAUACGCGAGAGGUGUGUGAGAGCGGAGAGCGAGAGGGGUGUGUGAUGAGAUAUUUGAUCGAGAGAGGCACGGAUUGAGAUCGAGAGAGGCGAUUAAAAAUUAAUUAUCGAGAU